AUGGAGCACAGGGCUGAACCCUUGACAGUUUCGAAUGGCGCCGUCAUGUUCCCCAACACGUUCAUGAUGCAAGAGCUCAUUCGCAUGCACUUUGACUACAUGCUUGACCGAGAAGAUGAAGGGCACGAGGUUGACACGCCAUUUGUGUACACCAUUGCUCAGGGAACCCCAAUCCCUAGCCACCUCAUCCUCAUCAACGAGUAUAUGUCCAGGUUCACGCUUCAGCCAUCGCGUGGCAUGCCGCUACAAGAAUUGAACCAGUCACUGGAUAAGUUCUAUGCCCAGUACGCCCAGAAGGAAACGGCAGAGAGCUGGCUGGACGCACAUGCUUUCAAAGACGCUGUGGCAGAUGACGCUGAUCCCGUAUGGAUGGCUAGAUAG